GCAAAAACAAACAGGAAAGCAGCGAAACAUGUCAAAAAAAUCAAAACCAACACAAAAACCAAAAGCGCGAAAUAAUUCAAUUGAUCAGCAACGCCAGGCGACGACCAAGUUACAACCGAAACCAACCACACAUCACACUAACCAACAAAAACAGAAUGCUACACGAUCCAAGUCGACAAACCGACGCGAGAUAGCUAUUAGAGAAGAAGAAGAAGAAGAAACUAUUAAGAUAUCCUCCGAUGAAGAUGAAACUACAAAAACUGCUGUAACUCUGAAGACUGCUGCUGAUGAAAGCGUUCGCAGCGAUCCGCAAACAUUUGGUAAAUCGAGUCGAGCACGUAACUGCAGUCCGCCUCAAUCCUGUAGUAGCAGCAGCUUAUCAUCACCAAUAUCUUCCUCUUAUCGUUCGCUAGACUACGAAGCCGAAGCAGAUGAAGAGGAUGCAAAUGAAUGUGAAAAUGUUGUGACAUUACAACGAAAAUUGGCCGGAGGCAAUGCAAAUUUGUUGCAUGUACAGAAUUUUCUCAAUUAUUUUGAUGAGCAACAGCAAAAACCAAAAUCAACAGCAAUAUUCGGCGUCAAUGCACAGUCACAGCAGGUCGGCAUAUGCAAUCAACAGCUUGAAUUACACAAUACAACGCAGUAUCAGAGGUUGGUUGGUGAGGGGGACACAGAAAUAAACCGAUUGACAAAUUACGUUGCGCAGCAUGCGGUGGAUGGGUUGAUGACACUCCAGCAAGCGGAAGCGAAUGGCAUACCAAAUACAACAACUCACACAGCAAUUGCUAUAUCGACAACAACAGCGGCUGUUGCAACAAGUGGAAGUAAUGGCAAAACAACAAAUAAACCAUGUAAAUUUACAAUAUCAACGAAAUUUCUACGCAAACCACGGCAUAAGUUGAAAUCAGUCAAUUUAACACCAUCUGCGGAAGCGAAAAAUGUAUUGGCAAUAUCAGUACCAGUCGAUAAAGAUAAGCUGAUGACUAUGGCAGAGCAGCGAAAUCAGCAACAGGCACAUGUCUUACUGCAAAUGCAGCAGCAGCAGCAGAAACAACAACCACGACAACAGCCACCUACGGAUGAGCCAAAUGUCAAGUUUAAUUCGAAUUUUUCCAUUAAUUCGCUGUUAAAUAAGAAAUAAAUUAGAUAUAAAUACAAAUGUGUUACAUAAUGAAAAAUCCCCCGCGUACAUACAAACAUAAGUAUGUUCAUAUGUUUGGUGUAGCCAAAUCUAUGUAAUCGGUAUUUAUGUUUUUAUCGCAAUCAUUAGUUCUGUUCGGUGAGCAAAAUUUACAACAAGAAUGUGUAAUUUAACACUUCACAUUUAAUAACCGAUAUGUACGUAGAAUUUUGCAAUUAUAAAAACAAUUUUGGCAUAAUUUGCAAAAUUUAAAUGCAUAGAAACCGAAGUCUAGCGACGGGCGUUGUUGGGUCAAUCUCUUAACAAAUAUCCAUUUUUAAACGAAAUUCGUAAUUCCGGGUGAUGAUAGUUCACCCUAAGUAGCGUUGUGUUGAUUAAAUUUUAUUUUAUAUAAUUUUCAUUUAAUAAUCAGAUUGGUUUUUUUUAGUUUACCUUUUAAUAUUUUUAUUUGUGCUACACUUAAAAUUACGCAAAAUACGAAAAUAAUUAUAAAUAUGAUUACUAAGAUUACGAAAACUGUUAAACGGAAUUUCGCAAAAAAACCGUUAUUUGAAAACAUGUGAAAACCCACCAGACUCACCAAUGAAAAAAAAACAAUAACAAGUUAACUGACUAAAUAACCCAGGUAAACGCCUUUAAACCCCUAAUAAAAACAGUUAAUAAACUAAUUGCAUCCCGAAGUUGCCAAUGGAAAAAAAUAUUACUUAAAUAUAAAAAAAAA